GGAGGCAGCUGCCAGAGAGAGGGCAGCUCAGAGACAGCUCAUGGCAAUAGAGGAGCUGGUGCACACGGAGCAAAACUACCUGAAAAAUCUGCAACUUUGCACGGUCACCAUUCACAGCAACUUGCAGAAACUACAGGUACCCGCAAAUGCACUUUUAUGUACGAAGAUUGGCAGUAAAAUUUAUGGAUUCACUUAGCCGGCAAAUCUGUUGUUGGCACAGCAUUCUGCGCUUUAACAGACCAGGAAAUGUUUCAUUUUUUACAUCACCACCCAAAUAAUGUUUUGCUGUUCUCAUUAACGAUUGUUCACAUUUACUAUCAAUAUUUCAAUUCAUUUUACAAAGUAUUUGAAUGUGGAGUGAAGCGACAGCAACUGCAUGAGUUAUGAUUGUAUUUGAGUAAGAGAAAAACAAUAUUUAAUAUUCCACCUUUAGUGAUGAUGUCAUACAAAGUGACUUGUGAUGAACUCUAAGUACAGCAGCUUGUGUAUUCCCUGGGAAUCAAACUGGACUUUGGUGUUGCCAGCGGCACUGUCUACCUGUUGAGCUACAUCAAGUCUCACAUAUUGUGCUUUUGUAAACAUGUAAAAUUGGUAAACACUGUUUUGUUAUACUUUUCAUUUGUUCCUAUAGUUCACUUUGUAGAGCAUUGAAUUAGCACUGUAAGGUGGUGAAAAAUGUGAGGAGAGUCCAAAGGGCAUGGGGAAGGCAUGCGCACGUUCUGUCUUUCCAGCGCUCUGGGUUGUUACAGUUAAUGUUCUUUUAGAAUUGCGUUAUUUAUCUGACACCGAAAGAUAAAAAGGAAAACCUUGUUGAAUGAUAUAAUUUGUAUUUGAUUAUUAUGUGUGAUAAUAACCCUGCAAUUUGGGUCAUUGUUUGAUUAUCCCGCUUUACUCCAAACUAUAUUCACAUAUCCGAUUCUUAUGUUGCUUAGAGUCUCCCGCCGGCCGUUUAUACGUGGAUCUCACGGUCACAAACUCGCCAGUCUUUGUAAGAGACCAGUAACAUUUAGGUGGCUGCCCCAUGCAACUCGCUGCUAAACACACCUUUUUUGGUCAGCCUAGAUUAUUAACACCUAAUCACAAGCAACAAUUAUUUUCAGCCAGAGGUCAUGACCACUCCACAGCGAUAGAUAGACCAAUCUUACCUUCUCUAAUGGCAGCUUUAUAUAAUCAUGCCAUGGUUUUCCAUGUACACUUAACUGGAAUAAUAUUACUGUAAUCAGAAUCUGAGACUUACCCUAUUUAGAUUGGUCAGACAACCCUUGUGUUGUUCUAAACGGAAAUUCACAUUAACAGCCUCUAAGAUCUAAGUACACUUAAACUGAUGCCAAGUUGUUAGCCGAAUCUCUAAAAUUCUCAGCUGGUUUGUCUUUUCCACCUAGACAGGAUUCUAGUCCGUUACUAACUUGAGCGGGGAUUUGCGGUAACAAGGAUGUAACGGGAUACAAUAUAAUUAUUAUACUGAAUACAUAAUAUAAGAACGUGUUUAUAAAUUCAGAAUACUGCGGAACAAUUUCAAACAUGACAAUUUAUUAGUCAGGUAAAUGUUUCUUGCCAAUUACAAUUCAAUUAAAUUCAGAGAAUACGAAAACAAAACAUCAAAUCCUCAAAGAUUAGUCUACGAGUCUAAGACGUAUAGCUGACAGUAGAAAAAUAUGCGAUUUGUAAAAAAACACAGUGCUGUAUGUCUGAAGACAGACACAGCACUAGGGGGCUCAUCUUAUUAAGAAUUCCCCAGAACAUUUUGCCAGCUUCCCUUAAAUACUCAGACCAAAUACCCUUCCUCCACACAACAACAAUUUACAUUGUAAAGGACUGAUCUGAUCAAGCCACAAAUGGGCAUAUGCAUGCAGACACAACCUCAACAGUGAGCAGAAUAGCUUUAAAGCCUCAAACCUAUGUUAUGAUCUGCUCUACAGUUGUGGAUAUGAGACCAUUGUACCAAUCGCACGGAGACAUUUCAAAUGAUAACAAAUAUGCAUGUGAAGAUUCUAUAUGAGAUAUUGUAUUUGUCAAAUCCAGUUCAUGGGUGAGCUUUGAAUUGCUCGGAGUUCAGUUGGAGAGAGAGAGGAGAGGGGGAGAAGAGAACGGAUGUAAAGGUGUGAGUUGGUGAUCAUCAUUCAUUGUUGUAUGCUGUCUGAGAUGGAGAUGCACACCAUGUUCAUUGUAUUGGAUGAAGUUCUUUGUUUCCCGGGAUGUGGUGCCCUUUUGGUGUGGACACCUUGGCACCAGCCUUACAGCACUGAAAAUGUCAUGAGUGUGAUUUCUAGGGAACAACACUAAUAACUGGUGUGAGUAACCUUGAAAAAAAAGCAUCUGCCAAAACAAUAAAUUGAAAGCCUUCUGCUCCACACUUAGACAGUAUGUUCCAGCACAUAGAUGAAGUGAUGGAUGUUUCUAGCAGACUCCUGAGCCUUCUGGACCAGGCACAGAUACAGCACAGCAACCCAAAAUACCUGGAAAUCCUUUGUAACUCAUUCCUGAGCCUGUCUCGAGACAUAGAGAUGGCUUAUAAAGAGUAUCUGGCCAACUACAAUAAUAUCACCUCUCUGGAGAACAGCUACAAACAGAAAGAGUCUCUGUGGGCAGAGAUGGUUAACAUCAUCAAGUCAUCUGCGCCUGAAGUGAACGCAUCAACGUUGAGUUUCUUCCUGGUGAUGCCUGUUCAGAGAAUCGCUCGCUAUCCCCUGCUGUUACAGACCAUGCAGAAACACACAGACCCUGGACACCCUGCUUACUCCGUCCUGGAGCACACCGCUCACACUGCUGUCCAGAUCAACUGCCGGAUCAAUGAAUAUAAACGUUUCCGUGAAGUGGCUGAUAAGUAUAAGAAGACAGAAAACUUGACAAUCAGGGACAAGAUCAAUCGGCUGAGUGGCCACAGCAUUGCCAAAAAGACAGCUCGGUUCAGCCAGUACAUAAAGCACGAGACAGGAAUGGUGCCAAAGCUGAAGGAUGAAGAAUUUGAUGCCCUUGCCGGCUUCUUCUUUGUACUGGAAAAGGGCAUCUCAGAACUCCAUGAUAACAUGGUGGCCUACCUUCACCAUCUACAGAGGUUCCUCAGCUGCAGACCAGAGGAAGCGGAUCUUGAUCUGGAAGGCGAGAAAGCCGCCUUGUUCUCAAAAGAAAUUACAGUGGCACUCAGACAGUGGAUAUACCCUACAUAUGAGGAGCGUUUGAAGACUCUAGUCCUCAAGCCAUUGAGCUCGCUGCGGGAGCUGAUGGCAGGGCCGCGCAACCUUAUUCGUAAGCGUCAAGACAAGCUGCUCGAUUACGAGCCGAUCGAGGAGAAGAGCAGCCUGACCUAUGAGGAACAGGCCAUAGCCAACACCUACAAGACCAUAAACACUCUGCUGUUGACCGAGCUGCCUCAGUUCAACGGGAAAGCCCUGCAGAUCCUGUGGGCCACACUGGAGGCCUUCAGCUGCCUGCAGAGGGACAUGGCCGUUGAUAUGGAGCAGUUAGCCACUAGCUUUACCCAUCAGCUCUCACACAGUUAUCUGGAGGAUGGAGAGUUUUGGAAGUGGGCAGAGAUCUCGGUGCUGGAUGGUUCGAGAAGGAUGGAGAAUCUGUGUCAGAGUUUUCAAGAGGACCUCAAUGCUCCCAUUGUGCAGGCACUCAGUCCUGUUUCUGAAAGGCGUUUGACAACUCUGACACUCAAGCACGGCUCAGAGAAGAUCUACCAGCUGACAGGCCCUGUGGUGGGCACACGUGAUCUUGACCUGACCCUCAACAAGGGAGAGCUUGUAGCAGUCGUCAGCCAGAUGGACACGCGUGGAGACCGCAGACGUUGGCUGGUUGAUGGGGGAGGACCGAGGGGAUAUGUGCCGGCCUCAAAGCUGACCCGAUACCACCAAAUGACUAUUGACCCCCCAUCUCCUCAUCUGAACGUCACACCCACUGGUCCAGGACCCCGAAGACACUCGUACUCACCUGGAGAGCAGCCGCUGGUCAUUACCCCAACCACGCCCUGUUUUCAGGUGUAUGCAGGCUACGGCUUCACGGCGAGGAGCGGCCAUGAGCUUUCUCUAAAGGCGGGUGAGCCAGUGCAGGUGGUUGAACCUCACGAUAAGCGUGGUAACAAGGAGUGGAGUCUAGUGGAGGUGCAAGGCCAAAGGGGCUACGUCCCGUCCAACUACCUUGCCGUCCUGCCCGCCCUAAUCGCAUCGCCCACUUUCCCAUAUCGCUAGCACUGGAAAAUACCCAUAAUGAAACCUGCCCGGCUGCUGAUACAGAGUGUUUUAUCCAGCAUCCAAACAAACAUGGGCUGUGAGAAGCACUGAAGGGCUCUUCAUGUGUGAGGGGGCGGAUGGCUGCUGUUUGGUGCUUUAUUCCAAUGAUGUUUGAACUGGAUUGGUGCUCUGGCAUCGCUGUGGAGCGCUCGCCCGUACACUUGAACUUAGCUUUGCCUGGGGAUGUUAACAGAAGAGAUAAUUUUAGCCAAUGAGACACAAGCUGUGUCUUGGAUUGCACAUGGAUUGCAUCUAAGGAACAUGCGGUUACCUGUGAUUACAGAAAUCCAUUAAAGCGCAUCCUUUAAAGCACCCAGAUCCACAACUCGGCUGUAAACGUGGAAAGUACAGCUUCUUUGGGACUAGUAUUAGCCAAGAUGGACGUCAAACUCAGAGUGUAUUCAACUGCUAAGCUACAAAAAUUGGACGUGGAUAUCAUGAGUUAAACCACACUGGACUUAUUUCAGAUUUUAUGCUUUUAAUCUUGGAAACUUUGUAUCUUCAGUGUCGAUUGUACAGAGGCGCAACAGUGUGACUGUAUGAAUGUCAUUUCAUUAGAUAUCAAAAUAUGAAACCAAGCAGAAUUCAUUUUAAGGAAGCAUAUGUUUUCUGACAUUUAUACAUUAAGGUGGGGCCGCUGUUUAUUGACUUUAAAAACACUAUAAUUGUGUAAAAUUAAGUUAUUCUUAACCAACAAGUAGAUUCACCUCAGACUACUGCAUUGUUCUUGUGUUGGUGAUCUCAUAACCUCCAUGAUGAACAUUUUGACCUAUAUGCAAAGAUCUGAUGCUGCAGCUUGCCUGCAGUUGCAUAUGCUGUCCACCAGAGGCGCCAGAGUAUCAUCUGUGAAGACUGUUACCUUAUUCAGUGUUGUUAAUCCUUCCAAACAGAAUCAUAUAUUAUUCAUCUGAUCCUCACAAUCGCCUUACCAGGAAUCUAGCGGGGAACGGUUUACCUCACAUGCCUGCUGUUCUCCCAAUAUCCCACUGCAUCUUCUGUAUUAUGUAUAUAAACCUAUUUAUUUUUAUUUAUGUCACAAUCUUCAUAAAAUUGUUUCAUUCUUAA